AUGAAUCACCAAGGCCCGGGCGCCCGCCCGCCCAGCUACACGGCUGGCACCUAUCCCCAACCGCCUCAGGGCGCCAUGGGCCGCACCAGCCCCAUGGCUCCAGGCCAGAACCGCACCCCGCCAUCGCAGAUGACUGGAGGCCCUCCGCCCAUCAACACAGGCGCUCCCGUCGGCUACCCGCCCAACAUGAAUCCCUUGGGCCAGAUGCCUCCUGGCAUGCCUCAGGGCGGCCCUCCUCCAGGUGCUCCCGGUUUCGGCCAGCCCACCGGAUACCCUCCUGGACCACCCCCCGCGGGAGGUCCCAUCGCGCAGCAGUUUCAGCAGAACAACCCGGCGGCCGAGGUCGAGGGCGCGAGCAGAAGCAAGGCCCAGCUCAUUGUUGGCAUCGAUUUUGGUACAACCUUCUCUGGUGUUGCCUUUGCCUUUGCAACCAACAACGAGGCCAAGGAAGACAUCAUCACAGAAUGGCCGGGCGCCGGUUCAUACACCAAGCAAAAGAUCCCCACCGUGCUCUACUACGAUCAGUACCAAAAGGUGGUUGGCUGGGGUCCAGAUAUCGCCGAUGCUCUGGCUCCCACUGGUUACCCCAAGCCAGGAGUGCAAAAGGUUGAGUGGUUCAAGCUGCAGCUGAUGCUGAGCGGCAACACAUAUAUUGACCCCAUCAACCUGCCUCCUCUGCCUCCGGGAAAGUCCGAAAUCGAUGUCGCUGCCGACUACCUCUUCAAGCUCCGCCAAGCCAUGCGAUCAUCGCUGCAAAAGACUCUCGGAGAGGUGUUUAACAGAGAAGAGCGCAACAUUCGAUACUAUCUUACCGUGCCGGCUAUUUGGAACGACGCUGGCAAGGCUGCCACCCGAGCUGCAGCCAUUCAAGCUGGCUUCCUUCGCGACGAAAACGAUAACCGCCUGACUCUCGUUUCUGAACCGGAAGCCGCAGCUCUGUUCUGUUCCAAGACGGGUCUGCUCAACCUCAAGGUUCACGAUGCCGUCCUGAUUGUUGAUUGUGGUGGAGGUACUGUCGAUUUGAUCGCGUACGAAGUCGAGGACGAGAAUCCUUUCACAGUCGCUGAGUGUACCGCUGGAUCGGGUGACUCCUGUGGCUCUACCGCUCUGAACCGCAACUUUAGCAACAUCUUGCGGACCAAGAUUCGAAAGAUGAAGCUUCCGGAUGGAUCCAAGACAGCCGGCCGUGUCUACGCCAAGUGUAUCAUGGACUUUGAGAACCGAAUCAAGGCCGAUUUCCGAAACAAUGGCCAGAAGUGGGCUGUUGAUGUCGGUAUCGAGGCUGAGUUCCCCGAGGCUGGCAUUGAGGAAGGCUACAUGACCUUUACCAACGAGGAAAUUCUGCAGUGCUUUGAGCCCGUUGUCAACAGAAUCUUGGAACUGGUGCGAAACCAGAUCAUUGCCAUCCAGGCCCAAAACCGGACACUGCAAAACAUCCUGGUUGUCGGUGGAUUUGGUGCCUCCGAGUACCUGUUCCAGCAGAUUAAGCUGCAUGUCCCUCCUCAGUUCCAGUCCAAGGUUGUCCGACCCAUGGACUCCGUGGCCGCCAUUGUCAAGGGCGCAGUCACUGCCGGUAUUACGGAGCGUGUCAUUACUCACCGUAUUGCUCGUCGCCACUAUCUCAUGGCCACGCUGCAGCCAUUCAAGGAGGGCUACCACCCCGAGGCCUACCGAGUGCCGUCUCUUGAUGGAAAGGACCGAUGCAAGUUCACCAGACAAAUCUUUGUGCACAAGGGCCAGAAGGUCAAGAACGGCGAGCCCUACAAGGUCUCCUUCUUCAGACAGGUCGCUCCCGGAGCCACCCUCAUGUACGAAGAUGUUUUGUACGCCUGUGACGACGACGUCUGCCCCGAGUAUACAAAGGAUCCUCGCAUCAAGGAAGUUGUUACUCUCACAUCCGACCUGUCUCGCAAGAACCUCGAAAAGGACUUUGAGCGAAUGGAUACCCCCCAGGGUACCUUUUACAGAGUGUACUUUGACAUUUACCUGACUCUGGACGGCUCAGAGUUUAGCGCGGAGCUCGUGUGCCAAGGCGAAGUCAUGGGCCGCUGCCGAGCCCGAUUCAGGUAA